AUGUUGGGGUCGUGUGCAGAUGGUAAUAGUAAUGAUAAUGAUAGUAAUAAUAAUAAUGUGCAGCAAAUGGAAAAAAUUGAUAAUAGUGAAGUGAAUGGAAAAGGCGAUCAGAUGAAACGGGGCAGUGAUUCGGCAGGAGGAGCGGUAUAUGUGGAUUGGUUGGCCAAGGUAGAUGAGGUGGGUGGGGGGUUGGCCUGGGAAACAAUCAGCACAGAAUCAGAAGCACGUGGUUUGAAGGAUGAGAAAAUGGUUUUGUCAGAGGCGCGGCGCAUUUUAGAAGAGAUGACCCAUCGGAUGCAUUUACCUGCGAUGCGUUGCAUCGGCUAUGGCAUUGUAUCUGUUGUGAAGAAACUCUUUGACGGUGUCUUCGUGAACAUAGCGCAAUUGGAACGGAUUAAAGAGAUGUUUAAAAAUGAUGUGGUGGUGUUUAUGCCGACGCAUCGAACGUAUAUGGAUUUUCUGUUGGUGUCGUUGUUGUGCUUCGAUAUGGAUAUGCCACUGCCGAUAAUUGCUGCUGGAAUGGACUUCAUGAACUCGAAAUUGAUGGGAGAAGCGUUGCGCAGAUGUGGCGCAUUCUUUAUUAGAAGAAUGUUUGGCAAUCGGCAUUUGAUGAACGCAGAUUAUUCGUUGGAGUUCUUUGUGGAGGGCACGAGAAGUCGCUCGGGAAAGAGUCUGCACCCGAAAUACGGCUUAUUGAACGUCGUCGUGGAACCGUUCUUGCGUUGCAAAGUGUUCGAUAUGAAAAUCGUACCGGUAACGAUAAACUACGAUAAGAUAUUGGAGGAGAAAUUGUACGCGUACGAGUUGUUGGGUUUUCCGAAACCGAGGGAAUCGACAUCAGGUCUUUUGAAAGCACUUCGCAUUAUGAAUGAGAAAUUUGGUCGUGUUUAUAUGACGUUCGGUGAGGCGAUCUCACUCCGAGACUAUUUUCGUGAAUCGUUACCGCGUUCUGCGUUCGCUCGUACGCCAUCGGAUCAUUUCGAGUUGUCAACGCAACAAAAGGCCGAAGUGCGUAAAUUAGGGCAUCAUAUCGUUUGUGUGCAUAAUCGGAACAAUAUAACGUCGAUAUGGCCGUAUGCGUGUGUGAUCCUUUUGAAGUUGUUACAAGAGGCCGUGUGCUCGGCUGAGUGCAGCCACUCGUCCGGAAAGGUUCAGUUGAGUGAUCUAUCACUUAAACUUAAUGAGUUCGUCGGGUUGGCGAGGAAACUGCAGAAACGAAUUCAUAUUCAGUCUGAUGUGAACGCUGAUUUGAGAUAUUAUUUGCGAUUACAUUCGGAUCUGUUUAAUGGAUUAGAUAAGUGGCUAGGAUCGUCACAAACGGAUUGCACACAACAGAUUCAGUUGGAACUGGUGCGGUAUCCCGUACCACAAGAGAGUUUUAUCAGUAGAGAGUGUUUGGAGCGUUCUGUUGCCCAUGUGAUCCUUUCGAAUUAUGCUAAUCAGGUUUAUAAUGAAUUCGUUGAUAUCAGUUUAUUGUGCACGAUUGUGACGGUUCAAAAUGGAAUUCAUUAUGAAGACGCAGAGAAAUUGUUUUGUCGUUCGAGGGAGAUGUUCGAGCAUGAAUUUGUGUGUGUGCCGGGACGGGAUGAGGGCAGGAGGUUGUUUCAGGGGGCAUUGGAUGUGGUCAGGAGGGUAGGGUUGGUGCGGAUGGACAGCCAGAGAAAUAUUUUCGUUUAUGAGGACGAAUACGAGUCAGUGGCUUUUCUGGCUGAGUUGGUUCAUGUUAUUUUAUUAGUUGGUGUUCAAAGGAGAAUUGUGGAUAUGUUACGAUUGGAGCAGACGCGCAUUGAAGACGACGACGACAAUAAUAAUAUGAAAUCAAAUUGUGAAGCGUCGUCGUCGUCGUCGUCAUCGCUGUUGUGUGUGUCUAAGCAUUCGGACUCGAAAAUGGCUCUGUCGAAAGCAAUUUCAUUGAGUUCGCUAUCGUCAGAUCCAAUCAAGAAUGCGUGGCAGUCAUUCGUAUCGCAGAAAAUUUUGAUUAAGAAUGUUGAUGAUGGACAGCAGCAGCAAUAUGUGGUGAGUGCAGAAGGUUUAUGCGAGAUUUGGAAUGUAUUGAACUCGAUCAGUCCAUUCACUGUGCAUAAAAUGAAUGCACUUAAAUCGAAACUGUAA